AUGCAGACAGGCAGGGAAGCAAGCAACGGGACCAGCUCACAAAGGGUCACAGGGAGGCUGGCCGGAGAAACAUGGACACGAGGAUCACGGGGAAGCUGGCUGGAGGAAGACACAGAGACUGGUAGGAACAUGAAGACUGGUAGGAACACAGAGACUGGGAGGAACAUGGAGACUGGUAGGAACAUGAAGACUGGUAGGAACACGGAGACUGGUAGGAACAUGGAGACUGGGAGGAACAUGGAGACUGGGAGGAACACGGAGACUGGUAGGAACACGGAGACUGGUAGGAACACGGAGACUGGUAGGAACACGGAGACUGGGAGGAACACGGAGACUGGGAGGAACAUGGAGACUGGUAGGAACACGGAGACUGGGAGGAACAUGGAGACUGGUAGGAACAUGGAGGACUAG